AUGAUAAUCUUGAAUCAGUAUCAUCUCCAAAAAUAGAUUGUAGAUGGCAGAGGCCUCAGUGAAAUCCUUUCUGCAAAGAUUAAGUUCCCUAAAAUUGCAAGAGAAUGAAGCUUCUCCAGGUCUGCAAGAUCAAAUCCAAAAGCUCAAGAACAGAGUUGAGGAGAUUGGAAACUUUCCUGGAGAAGUAGAUACUAGUAGCAAACAAUAUGAAGGAUUGGUUUGCAAUUGGGAGAGCAAUUUGAUAGAAACAGUGCAUGAUGCCAACAAUUGUAUCGAUCAAUAUGUCACUAAGACUACAAGUCGAGAUGGGUCUGACCAGGCACUGUCAAUUCUGCAGUUUCGCAGUGAAUUAGAGAAGAUCGAUGCACGCCUUGCCGGAAUUUCACGCCCAAUGUCUCAAUCCAAUAUGCCGUCGUGGCCGACAUCGGAAGCAAAAGAGGAAAUUGGGGAAAGUUCUUCUACCAAUCGUGUUGAUGUAAUAGGUGAGGAAUGUCUAGACCCCUUUGCAUCAAAUUAUAGAAACUUGCCUUCUUAUCUCAGAUCCUCCUUACUCUACUGUUCUCUCUUCCCUAAGGGAAUACGUAGAGGAAGAUUGGUUCGGCUAUUGGUGGCUGAAGGUAUUUUCCAAGAAAGAGCAGGGGAAGUCAUGGAGGAUAUCGUUGAAGAAAAUAUCAACCAAUUAGUUGAACAAGGAAUGCUUCGAAUUAAAAUUAGCUAUGAACAUGAACUUAAAGUUGUCCACCAUUAUCGUAAAAUCUGUCAACUUAAGCUGCAACAAGGAGAACCUAUCAAUUGGUUUCUGAGUUCCGAUUCUAAUUUGCCUGAGAGUUCCAGCAUUGUUUUGGUCCAAUAUCACGGUGAGACUAUCAGGACAAGCUUGGAUGAUGAUCCAAUUCGAUCAUUAUUUGUCUAUUGCACACGGUAUUCACAAGGAUUAGUUCCCUAUGAGUAUUGGGUUGAAGGCAUUCCUGAUGAUCACUGGGCCUCCAUAAGAAGUGCCUUCCAUACCUUUAAUUUUUUGAGGGUUUUGGAGUUUCAUAAUCUUAAAGUUAAGAGCUUGCCAGAAGAAAUAGGACAUCUGAUAAACUUAAGGUAUCUAGGCUUAACAAGUUCAGCACUGGAUGAGAUUCCAGAGAGCAUAGGCAAUCUUCUAAAUCUACAGACUUUGGAUAUUAGAUGGCCUGGAUGGCCGAGGGUAUUGCCAAGUGGAGUUCUGAAUCUUGCACAGUUGAGGCACCUUAUGUUGCCAAGGAAUGGAAUAAAAGUUCCCUCAGGUAUAGGCAUAUUAACAAACCUCCAGAGUUUAACUAAUUUAUUUAUAAGACCCGGCAUCAUCAAAGAGUUAAGAAGUUUGACUCAACUCAAGAAAUUGAAAUUGAGGGAUGUAUCAGAAGAACAUGGGAGUGAGCUCUCUGCUUGUAUUAUGAAGAUGACAGGACUCCUCUGCUUGUCUAUGGAUUCAGGAUAUGGUGAAAAUGAAAUGUUGCCCACAUUGGAUCCGUUUUCGCCACCCCCGUUUAUGAGACACCUCAGCUUAUGUGGGCAUCUAGUUGAUAUUCCUGAUUGGGUUUGUUCCAUGGAGGGCCUCACUAAGUUAACCUUAGCCUAUUCUUUUCUACCUGAGGAAGCAAUUUAUGUACUUCAGUUUCUUCCUAACUUGAAGCAUCUAAAUUUGGGUGGAGCCUGCAACAGCAAACAAAUAAACAAGGAAUUUUGCAAGGUGGGUGGAUUUCCAAAGCUAGAGACACUCAGAAUCUGUUCACGUGAUCUAGUAGAGUGGACUGAGAUAGAAAAGGGGGCAUUCCCAAGCUUAGCAUUCCUCUUCUUCCAAAAUUGUCUACGGUUGAUGAAUCUUCCAGAAGGACUGCAAUAUGUCACCACACUAAAAGAAUUGAUGAUCGUUGCCUUGCACCCAGAUCUUGAACGGAGGUUGAAACCUGAUGGAGGCAAAGAGAAUUACAAGAUCAAGCACAUUCCACUAAUAAGAAGCAGUAGAGCCAAGUUACAAAAAUUACUACUUUGAAAGGCUCUUUGGUGGUCCAAGAUCAGUUUUGUUGCUUUCAUGGAGGAGGCAUCAGAUUAAAAUCUACAAAAGUUCACGAUACUCUCUCCAUUUCUCGGUGAUUUUACCUACUUUUUUAUAGGUUUUGGGAAUGGUCUAAUUUUCAAAUGGUGGCUCUCAAGCUUAGAACUUACAGAUACAGUAUAUUUCUGUUCGAUAAACACUUUAUUAGAAUUGAAAGUCUAUAUAUAAUAUAUCUCAUAUUUUUAGG